AUGACAAACUAUUACAAGCCCGUUAACUUCAUAUUAAAGAACAACAGGGCAAUCCCACAAAUUGGAUUUGGAACUUGGCAAGCUAGUGAUGAGGAUACUUAUAACUCGGUGCUCUUAGCUAUUGAAAGUGGUUACAGGCAUAUUGAUACUGCAUACAUUUAUAAGAAUGAAGAAGCUGUAGGAAGAGCUAUUAAAGAUAGCUUAAUUCCAAGAGAGGAAAUUUUUCUCACAACGAAGUUGUGGAAUACCUUCCAUACGAAUCCAAGAGCUGGGCUAGAAAAGAGCUUGAGGAAUUUGGGGGUUGAUUAUAUCGAUCUCUACCUCAUGCAUCACCCUGUGGCUUUGAAUCCAGAUUAUGGAGUUGAUAGGCCCCGGAAUGCAGAUGGUACAUACGAGGUGCUCAAGGAAUGGACGUUCGUCAAAACCUAUCAUCUAUGUCAGGAAUUUCUUGCUAACGGAAAAAUCAAAGCAUUGGGGGUUUGUAACUUUACGUUAAAAAAUUUAAAGAUUUUACUUAAUGAUCCAGCUACUAAGUAUAUUCCUGAUGUAGUCCAAAACGAGAUACACCCAUUAUUGCCGCAACAUGAAUUACUCAAAUUUUGCAGUUCUUUGGAUAUUGUUGUGGAAGCAUUUAGUCCAUUAGGCUCAACUAACUCCCCAUUAUUUCACUUAAAAGAAAUUGUUGAAAUGGCUGAAAAGUAUAAAGUUACCUCUGCCCAAAUUUUAUUGUCAUGGGGUGUGUGGAGAAGAACAGUUAUUUUGCCUAAGUCGGUAACGGGGUCAAGAAUUAAAAUGAAUUUUGAGGGCCUAGUAGUUCUCGAAGACGAGGAUGGAAAUAAGUUGGAUCUUUUGACAGAAAAAUAUGGUACCAAAAGAUUUGUUGAUCCCCAGUACACCGCUAAUGUAUAUAAGGAAGAUUAA